AAAGAUUGAGAAGGAACUAUAAAACAAAUAUGGGAAUUGGGAAGGUGGGUGGGAGAUUGAUUUGAUUACGCAAAAGAGAGAAUACCUGAAUUACCAUCUCUACGAGAGAGGUGUUGAAGGAUGGCAAUUUCUAAAGCGACGAUAAACGUUGUAGCCCGAGGCAUUGGAUUGGGAACAAGGAGAGGAUCGGCUGCGUAUUCCGCAGGAGCAGCAGCAGCAGCACCAUCCGCAGCACCAUCAUCAUCACCCCAAUCCCCCCCAUUCAAAUUGGAUGAUGAUAUCUGCCGAAACGGAAACCAGAAGUCAAUGAAUCUGUUCUCAGCCAUCAAUCAGGCUCUUCAUAUCGCCUUAGACUCCGAUCCUCGUGCUUACGUUUUCGGGGAAGACGUCAGUUUUGGCGGGGUUUUUCGUUGUACAAUUGGAUUGGCCGACCAAUUUGGCAAAAACAGGGUUUUCAAUACCCCUCUUUGUGAACAGGGCAUUGUUGGUUUUGGCAUUGGUCUUGCUGCAAUGGGUAAUCGAGCUAUUGCGGAAAUUCAGUUUGCAGAUUAUAUUUAUCCAGCUUUUGAUCAGAUUGUGAAUGAAGCUGCUAAGUUCAGGUAUCGAAGUGGGAAUCAAUUUAACUGUGGAGGUCUAACAAUAAGAGCUCCAUAUGGGGCUGUUGGCCAUGGUGGGCACUAUCACUCACAAUCUCCCGAAGCUUUCUUUUGCCAUGUUCCUGGUAUCAAAGUGGUUGUGCCUCGAAGCCCACAGCAAGCCAAGGGGUUGCUCCUGUCAUGCAUACGUGAUCCAAACCCUGUUGUCUUCUUUGAACCUAAGUCUCUUUACCGUGUUGCUGUGGAGAAAGUUCCUGAGUGUGAUUACAUGUUGCCUUUGUCACUUGCUGAGGUUAUGAGAGAAGGAAAUGACAUUACACUUGUGGGUUGGGGAGCUCAAUUGGCUGUCAUGGAGGAAGCCUGUAUUGAGGCAGAAAAGGAUGGAAUUUCAUGCGAGCUUAUUGACUUGAGAACUCUGAUACCGUGGGAUAAGGACACUGUAGAAGCUUCUGUCAGAAAGACUGGGAGAUUACUUAUCAGUCAUGAAGCUCCAGUAACAGGAGGUUUUGGCGCUGAAAUUGCUGCAUCUGUUGUUGAGCGUUGCUUCUUAAGGUUAGAAGCUCCUAUUGCUCGGAUUUGUGGCUUUGACACACCAUUUCCUCUUGUAUUUGAACCAUUUUACCUUCCUACCAAGAACAAGAUAUUGGAUGCAAUCAAGUCCACAGUGAAUUACUAAAUUGGGAUGUCAAUAUGUCAUCCGGCAGGGCUCAUCCAAAUUUGUAGCAUACAACCAAUUAAGCUUCACAUGGAGUUUUAAUUUCUUAGAUCUUUAAAUGUUGUUAUUAUAUGAUCAAAAUCGAUAACAGCAGUAGUGCUGCCCAAUUUGUCUAACAGUAAGUUGACAAGUGUUCAUUGUCGUAGAGGAUAUGGACAUCAAAUGUCAUGUACAAUGUACUUUAUCAUCUAAGAUUAAUUAGAUGAUAAAUAAAUUAAAAAAAAAUAAAAUAAAAAAUUGUGAAGUAUGUAUAGGGGAAAAAAAGUGGCAUCUAUUUUGUGAACUGAAAAGUGUGAUAUUGUGAAUUAAUACUCCUUGAUAAAUUUACGGUAA